UUUAGCUGGGGCGGUGAACUUUUUAUUUACUUGUGUUCCCAAUACUUAGCUCAACAACUUUUACUUCUUAGAGAAAACAAAUACAUUAAUAACCGUGUAAGGAGUAGAAGUUGCUUUUUAACAUUUCUUUUUCCUCCAAGCUUCAAGCACCGUCCCGCGCCUUUAGUGCCUGUUCAUCUAAUCCCGUUCAAACAUGUCUGGCCUCCCUACCGUUUAUAUCGUUUCAGCUGCUCGAACGCCUGUGGGCUCGUUCUUAGGAACACUGUCGAGUCUCAGUGCCACCCAGCUAGGAUCUCACGCUAUCAAGGCUGCCAUCGAGCGAGUCCCCCAGAUCCAGCCUAAAGAUGUAGAGGAGGUCUUCUUCGGCAAUGUGCUGUCCGCCAAUCUCGGCCAAGCACCCGCCCGACAAUGCGCCCUCGGCGCCGGCAUCCCGGACUCCGUCGUCUGCACGGGCGUGAACAAGGUGUGCGCCUCGGGCCUCAAGGCCAUCAUCCUCGGCGCGCAGACCAUCAUCACGGGGAACGCGUCCAUCGUCGUCGCCGGCGGCGCCGAGUCCAUGUCCAACGUGCCGCACUACCUGCAGACGCUGCGCAACGGCGCCAAGUUCGGCGACCAGACCCUCGUCGACGGCAUGCUGAAGGACGGCCUGACCGACGCCUACGGCAAAAAGGAACACAUGGGCGUCUCCGGUGAGCUGUGCGCCGACGACCACGCCAUCACCCGCGAGCAGCAGGACGCCUACGCCAUCGAGACGUACACGCGCGCCCAGAAGGCCACCGCCGACGGCGUCUUCGCCGCCGAGAUCGUGCCCGUCGAGGUCAGCGGCGGCCGCGGCAAGCCCGCCGUCAAGAUUACCACCGACGAGGAGGUCAAGAACCUCAACGCCGACAAGCUGAAGACCGUACGCCCGGUGUUCAAGCCCCAGGGCGGCACCGUCACCGCCGCCAACGCCGCGCCGCUCAACGACGGCGCCGCCGCCCUCGUCCUCAUGUCCGAGGCCAAGGUCAAGGAGCUCGGCGUCACCCCCAUCGCCAAGAUCCGCGGCUGGGGCGACGCCGCCCGCGAGCCCGAGCGCUUCACCACCGCGCCCGCGCUGGCCAUCCCCAAGGCCAUCAAGCACGCCGGCAUCACGGACGCCGACGUCGAUUUCUACGAGAUCAACGAGGCCUUCUCCGUCGUCGCGCUGGCCAACAUGAAGCUCCUGGGCUUGUCUUCCGACAAGGUCAACGUGUUCGGUGGCUCCGUCGCUAUCGGCCACCCGCUUGGCUGCUCCGGCGCCCGCAUCGUGACGACCCUGACCACCGUCCUGCGCGAGAAGAAGGCUAAGAUCGGCGUUGCUGGUAUCUGCAACGGCGGUGGUGGUGCUAGCGCCAUUGUCAUCGAGAGCCUGCAAUGACUAGGCGAUAGCAACGACGAAGGUACGGGAACCCACAAGAGAAGAGAUUCUCGCAUAUGAAUGAUAUGGAUGGGUUUGGGUUGGGUUGGGUUGGGUUGAACCGGACCAGACGGUAUGUUUCGACAGGAAUGUCGAGGAAGAGGCGAGGGCCCUCGGUUAAAUCAGGAGGGUGGAUGGGAUGAGGGACGGAGAAUAUACGGAUGCCAUUUACGCGAACGUGAGGGAUGACCCAAAAUAGACAUUUACUGCCUUGGGGCGCAUAUGCCUUUUCCCAUCCAUCCGCCGUAUAUCGGGGAUCAAUAAGUACAAACUAGAUAAUUCCAAUUUUUUCUCAGAUAUGUGUAUAAGUUAAUGUGAUGUUGCAUUGUAAAGUACUAGGUGAGAUUAUAGCGUACUCCGCGAUUGAACAUGUUCCAUCUUCUCCACUUACCAUAGCUGCGGAACAAAAUUACAGAAGGAGGAAGACAUAAUCACGCAGAGUUAUUAAAGAUAAAUGCCAAGUUUUGUGAAUUCGUC